AGGCCCAUCAGCGCCUAUAAAUUUACAACCACUUCAUUUGGUGAAGUCCGUCUAUGCCUCCGAUUGGCAAUAAUCUUCGUCGAAAACGUUCCGAAAUUACUAUUUUACCCUCGAAAAUGUUCUUCGCGUCAGAAUGUUAUGGUUUCGAGUCUUUCGACCAUAAUAAUGUGCAACAUUGCACAAUCAAUCAUAGCAUCCCUCCAAUUUCUGAAGAUCAAUUGAGAUUAUGGCUUCAAAAUGCACCACAAUAUUAUAUGGAAGGUGAUGGAGGCUAUGAUCAUCUCUCAAAUUGUCAAUCAAGAAUUGGAAAUCCAAGUGAAAAUUCAAGUUUGGACAUCAACUUGCAUGGCUUUGACAAUAGUACCCUCUCUAGCAACACACAGACCAGCACUACUAGCGUACGAGUGAGCAAAGUUCAUGGAGAUGAACGGAAGGAGGUGGCCGACGAAGAAACAAUACGGCGUAAGAGACCACGUUCAACCGAAGCACAUAACCUAAAUGAGAGGUUGCGGAGGAGAAAAAUUAAUCAAAAAAUGGCAACUCUCCAAGAAAUGAUUCCCAACUCCAAUAAGGACCAAGCGUCAACCAUAGAUGAUGUGAUCAAGUACAUAAAAACGUUACAACAUCUAGUUGAGAUGAUGUCGACCGAAACUAAUCAUAUUAUGCAUCAAGGGAUCAAGACUCCAACCCUAACUUCGUUCCAACAAGGAGGGAAUGGGGUGUGGCUUGGUUUUCCCAUUGGAGUAUAUAAUCCAUGGUUUUUUCAAUCAUCAAUGGGUAGUUUGGAAUCACAAUUCGAACCAAUGUAUGCUAAUGGAAUUUCAUGUUUUGGAUUCCCACCAUCAACUCUUCCAAAUGACAAGUCCAGACAAUCAUAUGGUGCUUCUAAUUACCUAAAUAAAGUUUAGAGGUUUUUAUGAUAUGUUAUUGAUAUAUAGAUAGAUUAAAAUAGAAUUAGGAUUUUUUAUUGAGUCCAAUGAUGUCAUUUCAAUAUAUAUAUAUUUUUAAAUAUGACCAAAUUAACUUU